AUGAGGCGGUCGCCGGAGGACGAGGCCUCCUCGGCCUACCUCGACGUCGACGUCGCCGUCUGGGGCACAGUCUCGCUAAUCUUCUCGAUCCUGCUCAUCUUGGCCGCUUUCUACUUCUCGGCCCUCCCGCAUGUACUCGAUGAGAACUACUUUACGCAGAAAGACCGAGUUCGCUAUUAAUAAUUAUAAGGUUUUUCGAAUUUCUUUUUUUUGUGUGCAAUAGGUUUGGUUCAAAAAUUUGAUUUGAUCCAGCUUCUGAAGUAAAAAGUCUUUUCUAUGCUCUUUCAUCUCACUUUUCAAAGCAACAAGUUCUUUUUCGAACUUUUUGAUAACUUCUGAGAUCUCUCCCCUGUCGAAGAAGAAGGACCUUUCUCAAGUCCUUAUUUUUUUGACUUUAUUCCGCCUUUUUUUGUUGAUAUCUAAUUUUUUUCAAUAAUAAAAUUCGAAAUUUUGAUUGGGAAGAUCAAAAUGUAAAUAUCUGAAAAUCAAACUGAAAUAAUUGUAUUUCUUUAAAGAUUUUAGAUUUCCCGAGCUUUGAACAUUUUGCUAACGUUUUAUUGAGGUAUGCAGAUAUCUGAAAGCGAACGGUAGAAGUAAAAAAAAAGUUUAAAAAAUUUUGCGAUAUCACGACAAUUUCGAAACCCGCAAAAUUGCGUGGGAGUUAUCACGUGUCUGCGGACUGCUAGCAAAAAAAUCAACAGCAAACUUUCCGAAAUUUUUUUUCUUCUUUUCCGUUCCUUGAAUCGAUUCAAAAUUUUUGGUUAUUUUUUUGAAUCGUAAAUUUAUGAAUUCUUUUAACUCCUUCUCCUAUUAAGGGCCUUUUUGGAACGAGGUUUUUUUUGAAGGUUAAAUUAAGGCUCAUUUUAUUUGUUGAAAAGAAGAAGUCAGGCCAAUUUUAAAGAUAUUUAUAGAAUAUUAUAAUCUCAUUUCAUUGAUUUAUUAAUUAAUCUAUUCCCUGAAACUCUGAAGUUUUUUUAAUUUUUUCAUAAAUUUUAAUCUCUUUUUCAGAAACACGAAAACGGCACCUUAUACUUUGAAUAUUUCAAUGAGAAAGGCGAAAAUGAAGGAGGAUUGCUUGGCGACUGGUUCGAACGGCUUUUACGUGGAGAAUAUCGGUACACCUACGGAAAUUCGUUCGCCAAUUAUUGCUGGGUAAUCAUUUAUCCGUUCCAUGAUUAUUUCGAAAAAUCAGAACUGAUUCAUUUGGCGAGAAAUUUACUCUUCUUGCAAAAAACAAGAAUUUUAAAAUCGAACCUGUUUUGUAAGUCUGCUGCAACGUAUUGUUACAAAUUUCGAACAACGUGUUGAAAAUGAAUCUGGUUUUUACACUAUGGAAACAUUAACGCUUUUAUUCGUUCAAUCAAUAUUCGAACUUGAAAUUGAACAGAAACGGAAAAUAAAUUUAAUAAGAGUUUUUAAAUAUUCAUUUCCCGUCAAAAGCCGCAUCGCGACUGCGACACGUCACUCAGAUAGACAUGUUCCAUUGCCUUUCAGUAAGGGUUAUAUGACUACAACAGGGAAAAGCGAAUUUACAAAGUUCCCCCGUGAUAAUUUUGUUUCGAAACGGCACUUUUUUCUUACUCCCCACAAAAAUCUGAUCAGAAGUAUAGUCCAUUCGCAGCAACCUGACAGUUUUCGAGUUUCUGCAUCUCUCUGUUCUCUCACCUGCCAAGUCAGAGAAGCAUGAAAAGAGCAUGUCAACAUAAGAGAGUUGGGAAGAGACGAGAGGGUGCAGAGAAGUCAUGCCUUUUUGAAUAUCGAAAAAAAGAUUUGAUAUUGUGAUAAUAAUGAAAGGUGGAUGAAGAAAGGUAAGGUGGAUGAAGAGCCCUCUCAAGCCGGGAGCAACGGACUAUACCGAAGUUAUUCCUAACAGUUUUUGAUCGAAAGGUUCAGCCUCGAGUCGUACCGAUAUCCCAAUGGGCCUCGUCAAUAUACCGCGCAACGCAGCACAAGGCGAUUGUUCAAACUUUGGUUAGAACUGUCGUCUUGUUUGGAAUCACCAAUUCGUUGUUUCAAACCAUUCUGCUGGCCCACUCAGCCUUACCGAGGUCUGGAUUGGUCGUCUGCUCGUGUUAGUUUGAACAUCUUUCAUGAAAAUGUAUUUAGUGAAUAUCUUUCUUUUUUUUUCUCUUUGCUCAAAAAUUUUCGAUGAAAAUCGGAAAACUUAUGAUCUGCUUGAUAAUCUCUCCCAGUUUUUUUUAAAGGCGCAUGGGCUUAUCAAAGCGAAGAGAUUUUUUGGUCAUCAAAAACUUCUGUGCGUUAAAAAGAAUCCGGCAAGGUUUUUGAGGAAAGUUAGAAUGCUCUGAAAAUCCGGGUUAUGUUUAUGCCUAUUCAUGUAUUUUUUACCCUGUUUUUGGUGAGGAAAUUUUUUGAAAAACGAUAGUAUAAUCAUCUAAAUCUUGAACUUAAAAAAAAGGUACGCUUUUCCCGCUGCAAGAUAUGAUUCCCAUUUCAUUCUUCUGACUGCUUUUUCAUGACCAACUAGGAAAGUCUAUUUUUUUCCUCCAUAUUUAUUUUUAACCAACAGUUAAAGCACUGUAGGCGAAUUCAAUCUUUCCAGUGUAUCUUUUUACGAUUUCCUUUUUUUUUUUGAAGCCAAACAUGAAUAGACUUUAAGCGGAUCCAAUCUUUGUAGUUCAUUUUUUCCUCUCCGAAACCACUCGAAAAUGUUGAUUCUCUUAUGAAUGGUUGAAUUUCAAGGCUACGCGGCAGUUUUUGUGGACCUGGCGCAUAGUUUGUCGUCGUUUGCGAUGACCGCGAUCCACUUGUGGCAAGAUGAGAAACGUGAGCGAUUAUCGCAAAAAGUUCCGUGCCGCAAUUGCAUUUUUUGCAGUGGCUUUCCUUGUCGACUCGGCCAUGGAGACGAUGAUGCUGACUUUGGUGUUGAAGAUCUCGCUGAAUAUUUAUCUUGAUGUUGGUUUUCCGGGUAAAAAAAGAAGAACGACUGGAGGAUAUGAAGAAAAAAAUUUAAUAAAGCUUCAAAAAUGCACAUUUAUCUUUGCGGUCUGCAAUCCCCAAAAAAUUGCAAGACUGUUCGAUGUACCAGCAGAAGAUGGUCUGAAAGUCUGAGCUGCACGAUUUUUCUCGUACUUCGAAAAAGACGUCUUUCAAAGUCAAAGUAAGCCCUCGAUAGAAAACUCUGCAGAGAUAAGACUGUUAGAAAGUUCUGGCGAACGAUGUUAUAACCAAAAAAAAAAAAAAACUUUUUUUUUUCAUCAAUAAGAAUAAAAAAACGUUUCAGGAAAUCAAAAUGCAUCGGUUAGCCAGAUGCUUCUCCUUGGCUUCUGUUAUUGGAGCUAGACCAAUUUUGAUCGCCGACGUCAAAACUUUCACAGAAAGAGUCGUUUGCGAUUCUAAUGGUGAGCUUAUAUUAUCAAGCAAGUAUUCUACAGAAAAUAGUUUCUUUAACAGUAAAUUGGGUGAAAGUUUGAGUUUUAUUGAAAUGCGGAUACUGUCGUUACUAUCGAUCGACAAUUUUGUUGUUUCAAUUUUUUUUUCAAGUUUUCAAAGGCUCAGAAGUCUUGAAAAAGAAAUUGGAGCUUUUUUGAGUUUUCAGUUUUUUUUAACCACGUCUUUUUCGUGGUUGAAACCUUUUUUCCAUUUUUUUUUUCCAGUAUAUCCAAGUGUCCUUUUUGCUCAAUUGGUCUUCUUUUCUGCCAUUUUCGUCAAUACAGCUUGUCAAACUCGAAGCCUGAAAGGAGUUCGAUUGAUGGCUUGUUGUAAGCGGAAAGAAUACGAAGAAGUCAGAGAAAUCAGAGAAAUCGUGAAGCUUUAA